AUGUCCAUGGACAUUCCAACAUCGCAAGGGGAAGGACCACAGAAUGUAGCUGCUAUACAGGUUAUGCUAGGCUUUUGGAUGGUGUUGGUGGUCACAGAGAGCCAGGGGACACCUGAGACUGGGUACUGUUGAGUGGAAGGGAGGGCAGAAAUUCAAGAAUAUUGAUUCAGGUAGUCUAGCAAAUGGGUGGAGUUUACACUGUCGUGUAAUGAGUAGCAAUAACUCAGUAAUAACAAGGUCACUGGGGGAAGGUAUCCCAUGACAAUAACUUUUAACACAUUGCAAACAGUUCAUUGCAAAGUACUAUACUUAUAUAUAUAUAUAUAUAUAUUUCAGUCAACUAAACCCUAUUCAUAUUAGUUCCAAUGAAAUUAUCUGACCCUAAAUUAUCUGCACUAUACAGUUAUAGUAAUAUAAUACCACGUGAAAAAUAAGGAAGCUUAUGAACUAUACUUUUUAAGGUGCUUAGAGUUAAUCGGGGGCUCAUUUCUCUCCUGAUAGCGUUUCUUGGGAAGAAGAGUUGAUAGUUAAAUCACUUUUAAUAUUGCAGCACUGUAUGGGGAAGAGAGGGCUCCUAACAACUCUCAGAACCUGAUUACAAACCACCAUUUCCCAGGAUCUUUUGAGGGAAGUCAUGACUAUUUGAAGUAAAAAAAAUAUUGUUGUGCUUGGGCCCUGCUUGUGGGAUACAAAUAAGGGCAUCUGGUUGGCCGCUGGAAGAACAGGACGCAGGACGAGAUAUGCCAUUAACCUGAUUCAGCAGACUCUUCUUAUAUUAUUUUAAUGCUUUUCCUUAGAUCCAUUCAGCAAAUAUGUCUUGUGGAAAGACCCAGUGCUACAGUAAAUGCCCUACCUCCACCGUCACCAUUCAGCCACCACCGUUCACUAUAUGCAUUCCGGGCCCAGCUCUCCACUGUUCUGACCAGCCUCUCUGCGUCGAUCAAUGCAACCCUUGUGCUCCCGCUCUGUGCUGCGAAGGAAUUGCCCCCAUCUCCGCUGGUGCAGCCAUCUCCCCCAGCCUUUGUUCUCCGCUGUCGCUACCCAGAAGUGACUGCGGCCCUUGCCGAAGGUUCUAAGGACCCACAACUCAGGCACAGAAUGAACAUUCGAAGACGACUGUGGAGAAAAAAUCAGAAAAUUGCAUUCAUAACUGGGGUGUUCAGAAUUUCUGAGUUUGUCGGCAUAAGUUCACAUGUAUCCAAUCCUCGUCCUAGCCAGAACAGACCAGCUGAUAUUAUUUUCAGCUUCUGA